UUGAAAGCGUCUCAAAUAGAUAUAAAUCUUUAUAUUAACAUUUAUUAUUUUUCUGAUAUCUUGUUUUGUUUUAAUAAAUAAAAAAGCUUGUCAUGUGAGGAAACUUUCCGGUACCUUACCAAGAAAAAAAAAGGAAAACAAAAAAUAAAUAAAUAAAGAUACGAUGUUCAAUCAUAAAUAAGUUAUAAGUCGACGUGAAACGUAAUAUGUUCCAAAAAUAUCACUGUCGAAAUCUCGAGAAGCCUAUUCGGCGAACAAAGAUGACAAUGGCACUCCAUGACAAAGACAACGAGCAGCACCGACAACAACUAGAGAGAAUGAAAACGUUGAACUCUUCCGAAACAUCUAAAGAUCCUCAAUCGGUACCUUCUGAUAUCAUUAUCGAAAUUCUGUCGAGGCUUCCCGUUAAAUCGCUCUUACGGAUCAGGUCUGUGUGCAAGUUAUGGUUCUCUAUAAUAUCCGAUCCUCAUUUUGUCAAAUCCCAUCUCAGUUUGUCAACCAGCAACAAUCGCUAUGCACAUCAUCGCUUAAUUUUGAGUACCAAUUCAAUAAGUGUUCAUAGUUGUCCUCUUUAUGAUGUGCUUUAUGAUGGAACCGUCAACGCCUUAGAGAUUGAUUAUCCAUUGAAAGAGUCUUUUGACUAUGUGCGGAUCUUCAGUUGUUGCAAUGGAUUGCUUUUAAUAGCUAACGCGGACGGUGAUCUGUUUAUUUGGAACCCUAGUACCCGAAGAUCAAACAGGUUACCGUGUUCUGGUUCUAGAGGGCGACCUUGUAAGUAUGAAUUUGGGUACGAUGAGUCUUCUGAUGAUUACAAAGUUGUUGGAAUAUAUUAUGUUUCUAAGGGUGAAGCCGAGUAUGAUGCGAUAGUGAAGAUGUAUUCAUUGAAAACUGGAAAUUGGAAGAGAAUUGGUGAUUUUCAUAAUGGUUUUUCUAUGGAUUGUUCUGUCAAGUAUUUGAAUGGAGUUCUUCAUUGGAUGAGUAUUCAAGAUUCUGGGUCAUCUUAUUCGUGGACUAUAGCUUCUCUUGAUUUAGCAAAGGAGACGUAUGGAGAAAUUUUGCAACCUGUGUAUGAUGAAUUCCGUACGCAUUUAAAAUUGGGGGCUUUGAGAGAAUGGUUGUGUGUGCUUUGUGAUUAUAGUCAAAUUCGUGCGGAUGUAUGGGUGAUGAAGGUUUAUGGGGUGAAAGAUUCUUGGACUAAAUUGGUUUCUAUCCCAUAUUCCACUGAUCCUGGGUGGCAUAGAUUUUCAGUGCCUUUGUGUAUUUCAGAUGAUGGGAAAGUUUUGCUGAAAUUUGGGUCGAAAUUAGUUGUAUAUGAUUCCAAGAAUUGUUCAUCUUCAGAGAUUCAGAACUUCAAUGAAUAUGUUGAAGCGUAUACAAUUGUUGAGAGUCUGGUUUCUCCUGAUUCCCAAGCGGGCCCUGGAGAUAAUAAUCAGGCUUGAUAUCAAGGAAGACAUGGCUUUUCUAAGAGGGUGUUUGGUUAAAAAAAUUCUGCCUAGGAUUAUCUAAUUACUUGAUCACCACAUGUUAGAAGAAAAUCACUUAUAUCCCAUUGUUUUGUCUUCUACUUUCUUUAAGUAGUAGAACUCUCAACACAUUCAACUCCAUUAGUAGUGAUUCUUACAACCUAUCUGUCACAAGUGUAUCCAAAAACCAUUUCCUACACAAUAUUUUUCUACAUCUCACUUAAUUCUUAUAGUUCAACAUCGCAUAAUUACUUUUCAAAUGCACAUCAAAUGAACCUCACUAAUGGAAUUAAUGUGCUUUGGACAAGACUGAUGCUACAUCAAUACAUGGUAAAAUAAAAUAAGUCAAUGGGUGGAAAGUUGACCAAAUCUUUUGACCCAUUCUAUAUGGUUAGAUGUUGAAAGUGGGGAAGAUUGCUC